CUCUGCGCACAACUCCAUACUACACAACACUCUUCACGAUUGGCACCAACUCUUGGAUUGAAAGCAAGUGAUGGACAAAACAAUUCAUUGUAUUCCAGGCGAUUGUCUGGUCAAGAGUGACGAGUGGAUGACUGGUCUGAAGGGCACGUAUUCACGCAAUGGUUAUAUCUAUGCCUCAAUCGCCGGAACCGUUAAACUGGUCCACAAUAAUGACAAUACGAAGACCAUAGAAGUGGUGACAGUGAGCGGUGAUGGCAACAGACAUUUGGUGCCACAAUUGGGAUCAAUAGUGACGUGUCGGGUGCUGUCAAUCACAUGCAAUUUGGUUCGCCUGAACAUCCACUGCAUUGAGGGACAGGUCCUGAAGCAGCCGUUUAGGGCUCUGUUGAGGAAAGAGGACAUCAAAGAGGUGGACAGCGAGAAGACACAGAUCUGCAACUGUUUCAGACCUUCAGAUAUAAUACUGGCGAAAGUGAUUGGCUUUGGAGAGAACAACAGCUGUUUGGUGACCACCGCUCACAACGAGUUGGGGGUUGUGGUGGCGCUCAACCAUUCAGGUGUCUGGAUACCUAUGAAGCCGAUCAGUUGGACACAGAUGUCGUGUCCCAUCACCUAUGCCUGUGAGCCUCGAAAGGUGGCCCAAUUGGCCAACCCAUGCAUGCAUUGACUCGUGAGUGCCUGUAGGCUAUCAUCAGAUUGUCUGUCCAUUCAAAGCAAUUCAUACAAUACUUAUUGAUUUUGGUAUUUAUUUGUUGGAGUAUUAAUCAAUCAAUUGUGUCAUCAUAUUAUGAAAUUUAAUAAAAUUUAAACAUUUGUUGCAAUGAAACGU